ACCACGUCUGUGUGUGGUCUGUGCACGUUAUUGUCAUUGAUUGACAAGCCAUUGCUUCCUAACCAAUAACUAUAACAUAAAUUCACCAUUUUUUAUGUUAAAACUUGAGUACUUUCGUUUUUAAAACACUACACUAUAAUGGUUUCUUUUCUUUUUAUACCAUGUUAAUUUUUAAUAAAUAUGAACUAUAAAAAAUCCUCUGUUGCGAAGAACUUUAAUGAUUACAUGACAAUUACUGUCGUUAGACUUUAAAGAGUGAUAGGUUGUAUGUUGAAUUGUUGAUUAAAUUAGUAAACAAUAAUGUUAGGUGUGGCGUGCUAGCCAUGUGACAUAGUGUGCGUUAUUGCGUUGCUGUAAGCGGCCUUGAGCAGUGUAAUCCGGUUAGCGGUUACUGGUUUAGGCUUAUUAUCCAUUUCACUGUAUUUAAAGAAUAUCUGAGCAGUGAGCAGUUUUACCAUCUCAAUAGCGGUGUGGAAGCAGCAAACACUCGCGUGUCUUCGCCUUAGCCGUUUAACAGUACUUGCCAGUUGCUACUCAUCAUGGAGAUCGGCGACGAGUACAGAAAUGGAGACGGACGCAGUGGCGCGUCGGGAGCGUCCCGGUCCGACGACAGCGCGGACGAAGAGGAGAGUGCGCUCGAGGCCGAGCUGUCUUUGGAGGAACCCGAUGCCGCCGCGCGCACUCUGCACGCCCUCAACGCGUUACGCAAAGCGCGUCAGCACUACGACGUGACGCUUCUGGCGCGCGGUGUCGAGCUUCCCGCGCACCGGGCUCUGCUGGCCGCACUUUCGCCCGCAAUGCUCGCUUCACUGCCGGCCGCCGCCACCGCGACGCCGCUGCGUCUCGACGUCGACCCGGACGCGCUGCACGCGCUGCUCGACUACGCGUACACGGGUCGUCUAAGAGUGAAAGACGCGACCGCGGCGCGUCGCCUCUACCGGGCCGCGGCGCUUCUGCGCGUCGAGUCGGCCCGCGCUCAUCUGGCCGAUCGUUUGCUCCGCCGCAUCACGCCUCAGGAUUGCCUGACGCUUCGCUCCCUUCCGGAUCUGGCUCCGCCUCACAGGCGACAGCUGGACGCGUACGUCGCGCAGCACUUCGACGAGGUGUGGGGCUCGAGCGCGUUGGCGGCCCUUCCCCUCGUCCGCUUGGAGCUCUUGCGCGAGACGAGCGCCGACUCCUGCGGCGAGAGGGCCGCCACGCUGGCUAGUGCCGCGUUGGCGUGGCUCCGCGCGUCUCCGUCGGAGCCGACCGAGCUGGCCGCGCGGUCCCACCUACUGUACGUGGACGCGGGUGGCGCGCUUCGGGACUGCGGCGAUCUACCGGCGGCGCGCGGGGACGCCCCGGAUCUCGAGGAGUACAAGAAGAGAGCGCGCGAGCGGGACCGCGAGGCUCCGCGGCCGGCGGCGGGGGCGGAGGACGAGGGCGCCGUAGUAGCGGCGAAGACGGCCGAGGGGGGGGCGCGAGCCGUGCUGAUUCUGCGAGGAGCGCUCGUGGCCGCGCAGGUGGCGUGGCGAGGCGUCAGCGCCUCGGACACGCCCCGCGGGGGCCGCCUAGCCGCGCCCGCCGUCGACGACGACUCCGCCGAACUUCCGACCGAGGAGGGCCCGACGCGCGCCCGCAUGUCUGUCGGGCGUUGCGCGGUGGGCGCCGCCGAGCUGGGCGGCAGACUCGUGGUGUGCGGCGGCUACGACAGCGCGCGAGUGCUACGAAGCGCCGAGGCCUACGACCCCGAGGCCGACGUCUGGGCGCCGUUACCGGACAUGCGCCGCGCGAGGGCGCGUUUUCCCGCCGCCCGCCUCGGCGCCCGCCUCUACGUGCUCGGCGGCUCCGACGGUUACUCGGAGCUCGACUCGGUCGACGUGCUGUCGGACGGCGCGUGGGUCGGCGUCGCCGCGCUGCCGGUGGCCCGACAGUACGCGGCGGCGGCGGCGCACGAAGCGCGCGGCGAAUUGUACGUGGUCGGCGGGUCGGCAGGGGGCCGCUCGCUACGCGCCGUGCAUCGUUACGACGCCGCCGCGGACGCCUGGAGCGACGCUCCGCCGCUCGCGACCGGCCGCUCGCAAUGCGCCGCGGCGGUGUGGGCCGGGGCGCUCUGGGCGCUCGGCGGGUGCGACGAGUGGCGCUGCCUCGCGUCCACCGAGACCCUCGCGCUCGACGGGGCCGAAGCGGGCGCGUGGAGCGCGGGGCCGGCGCUGCCGUCGGCGCGGCGCAGCGUCGGAGCGUGCGUGUGGCGCGGGGCACUGUGGGCGGCGGGCGGUUCGGCGGGGGCGGCCUCGUUGCGUUGCACGGUCCUGCUGGCGGCUCGGGGCGCCACCUGGCGGCCGGGGCCCUCGCUUCGGCGGCCUCGGGCGGCACCCGCGCUGGUGCCGGUGGGCGCGUCGCUGUUCGCGGCGGGCGGAUAUUCGGGCAAGCGGUUCCUGUCUUGCGUCGAGUGCCUCCACGAGCCGGACGGAGUUUGGACGACGCUCCUCGAGUCCGUCGAGGUGACGCCGGACGCGACGCGUCUCUCUCUGACUCCGUCGGGGCGGGAGACCGAAGAGGCCGUCUGACGCCUCCGUCCUUUUUGACGCCGUCUAGUUUACUACUGUCGUAGCUUUUAAGGUCGAUCGGGUUUCGGUGAUAUAUAUUUAUUAAUGAAAGAUAGAAUGAGAGAGCGGAGUGAAACCCUUUUUUUACCCAAUUUGCGACUCUUCAGUCACCCGAUGACUGAGCACUGGACGAUCUCUGGAAACUUUACGUUCCAUUUGAAAGGCUUUUCUUUUGUCAUAAUAUUUUAAAAUAUUGGCAAAUAUUAAUUUUGCAUUUAGCAUUGACCGUGGCAGGAAGUUUGCAUUUGUAGAAAUGCUCGAAGGUGACGAGGAACCGAUGUCUCCUCGGAUUUGUUUCAAAAGACAUUACUUGUAUUUUAGGUUAAUUAUUAUAUUUUUUCUUCCAUUGGGAAUGUUUCCUGUCGUUUGUUUUUACUUAGUACGUAAUAAAGUUAUUUUAUUCUU